AUGAAGUUUAAAUCGGUGACGUCGUUGCUUCAGCCAAGUAUUACGCUCUCUCCCUCUAUUUCCGCAAAAGCUUCAACCAACAAAAUGGUGAAUUUUGGUCCUAUUCCUCCUCCACCACCGCCACCGCCACCACCGCCAUUCAGAUUUAGGUUUAUAGAGCAUCAGGCCAAAAUAGCAUUCGAUAAAAACAAGCUGAAAAGGUACCUCGAAAAUCUCCGAGAACAAAACCGAGAAUCUCAACCGGUUAAUCAAGAUCACAAAAUUACCGGACCCGAUCAAGAACAAAACUUGGAGAACCACGAGCAUACUGCUUCCAAACCUGGUACGAUAGAGGUGAUCAAAGGGAGCGGGACUAAACAUGACGAUUGGGUGAUCUCGAUAAGAGACAAGCUCGAUCAAGCAGACAGACACAACGACAUAACUAGCUUGGGCAAGCUUUGUAUCUACAAAGUUCCACAUUACCUCCACCAAGAUGACAAGAAGUCGUAUUCUCCCCAGGCCGUCGCGCUUGGUCCGUACCAUCAUGGUGAAGAGCAAACACAGUCCAUGGAGUGCCACAAAUGGCGUGCGGUCAAUAAGGUCUUGAAACGUACGAAGCAAGGCAUCGAAGUGUUUAUUGACGCCAUGAUAGAGCUUGAGGAGAAGGCUCGUGCUUGCUACGAAGGUACCAUUAGUUUGAACAGUUACAAGUUCACGGAAAUGCUUGUUCUUGAUGGCUGUUUUGUUCUCGAGGUCCUCAGAGGAGCCGCAAGCGCCGAAGGAUUCUCUAAACUCGGAUACGAUCGUAAUGAUCCAAUAUUCGCGAUUCGAGGAUCGAUACGAUCUAUCCAACGUGACAUGAUAAUGCUGGAAAACCAACUUCCUUUGUUCGUACUCAACCGGUUAUUAGAGAUACAACUCGGUACUCGAAACCAAUCUGGUUUAGUGGCGCAAUUAGCGGUUCAGUUUUUCGACCCGUUAAUGCCGACGGGUGAGGCGGUUAUCGACAAUCCCCUAACAUCCAUUGGCACUGACCCAUCGGCGGAAUUGCACUGUCUCGAUGUUUUCCGGCGAAGUCUGCUACUGCCAAAACUGGAGCCGAUGUUAUCAGGAAAGAGCUGGCAUUGGCAUUCGUGUGCUGCCGACAGAAGCCUACAACAAAUGAUACCUUCCGCUACGGAUUUAAGGGACGCCGGUUUUCCCUUCCGGAUCCGGAAAGCCGACCGGUUUUGGGAUAUUAAAUUCAAAAACGGUUAUCUAGAGCUACCCACUCUUGUUAUCCACGACGGUACGAAAUCUCUCUUCUUGAAUCUCAUAGCUUUCGAGCAGUGCAAUAUUGACUCGAGCAACAACAUAACAUCUUACAUUCUCUUCAUGAACAAUCUAAUAAAGUCAACCAAAGAUGUUACUUACUUUGAUGAAUGUGGUAUCAUCCAACACUCGCUAGGGAGUCAUUCUGAAGUUGUGGAUAUGUUCAACCAGCUAUGUCAGGAAGUAAUUGUCAACACUGAUGAUAUAUACUUGUCUCAGUUGUUGCUUGAGGUUUACCAUUGUUAUCACAAGAACUACAUUAUGAAGUGGAAUGCUUGGAAGAUGAGCGUGAAACGCAAGUACUUGACGACCUUGAAAGAAAAGUACUUCGAUAACCCUUGGGCUUAUUUGCCUUUCUUUGCUGCAGUUAUUCUGCUAGUUCUCACGCUAUCUCAAACUUAUUUUGCUGCUUAUGCUUAUUUUAAACCAGCCUAAUUUUCAUUACUAGUCUAUUGAAUUUUUUUUCCCUCCUUCAAUUUGGAAUGCUUGAGAUUUAAUGACAUGUGUGUAUCUACUUGUACUAAGAAUUAUAAACAUUUAUAUAGUAUCAUUUGGCUUUUGAAAUAA